UCGAGGUGGUUCUGUCAACAUUAGCUAGCCUGCUUAGAUAAACCUUACUCAAAAGCAUUGUAGCUAUAGUUAUUUACAAAUAUAUCUUCACUAUAAGUGGCGUACAUUAUUUCCAUCCUGUGAUAACGUAGAUAUGGAACUAUUAAACCAGACAGACGUGAAGUUAAAAACGACAAGUUAAGCUAACAUUAUUAGCUAGCUAAGUACCGUUAGCUAGCUCAGUAUGCUAUGCUAACUUAGCCUGCUAUCUAUUUUUGCAAAACAGCUGUGAUUUCUCUUAGCAAAGCAACAUUUGAACUGAUUGCUUGCUACAGCCAGAGAACCACGUUUUCUCGGCUAUUUUUUUGUUGUCGCUUCGGCUCACACAAUGUAUGAGGAUUUUGAUGAACCCCAGCCAAACCUACUGGUUCCUGACUGUGUCCAUGGUGAUCAGAGAACCAGCGGACAAGAGAUGGUUCCUAGGAGCCUUGACUACUUCAGUGACUUUCUAAGAUUGAGAGGAGAGACAGGAGAGAGUUCCAGCCGUCACUCUGACAGUGAGGGGACAAGUUCUACCUCAGGAGAAAUUGAACAACAGGAGGACAAUCAGACAGCCAAGAACACACACAGCUGCAAAGAGUGUGGAGAGGAGUUCCCUACCCAGCAUUAUCUAAGAAAACAUCGUAACACAACACACACAGGAGAGAAGAAGACCAGUCCCAAACCCAGGAAGAGCUACAGCUGCCUGGACUGUGGAAAGGAGUUCCCAUGUCCAUCUAAACUACAACGACACCUUCUGACUCACACAGGAGAGAGGCCCUGCUUCUGUUCUGACUGUGGGAAGAGUUUCACUCGGGAGGAACAUCUGAAGACACACCAGCGGUUCCACUGUUCAAAUGGGGAGGGCAGUCCCUCUAUAUCGGGAGAUCCUGAACAGGCAAAGAACUGCUGCCUGGAGUGUGGAAGAGAGUUCUCUAGCGCUUACAAACUACGCAGACACCUGCUGACACACACGGGAGAAAAACCUCACUCUUGCUCCGUGUGUGGGAAGAGUUAUACUUAUCUACACACCUUGAAAUCACAUGAGCUGAAACACACCGGGGAGAAGUCUUACAAAUGUUCCGUGUGUGAGAAGAGCUUCAACCAAAAGGGAAAUUUGAACCAACACAUGCUCGUGCACACUGGUGAGAAACCUUUCUCCUGCUCUGUCUGUGGCAAAUGCUUCACCCAGAAAGCCAACCUGACUGCCCACCAGCUCUCCCACACAGGAGAGAAGCCUUUCUCCUGUUCCGUCUGUAGGAAGGGCUUCACUCAGAAAGCAUAUCUUAAACAACACCAGAAACUGCACACCGGAGAGAAGCCGUACGCCUGCUCCGAGUGUGACAAGAGGUUCACCUUCUGUACAUCCUUGAAAAGACACCAGCUGCAACACACAGGAGAGAAACCGGACUCGCUAAGUUUGAAAGAAAUACACCAGCAAUCGCACGGCAAAAAAGUCGAGGAGAGUCUCUCUGCAUCAGCAGCAGAACCUGAACAACACCAGGAGAAUCACAAAACUAAGACGUCGUCUCACUGCUGCUCAGAAUGUGGGAAACAUUUUAAAAAUUCAUCGUCUCUACAGAUCCACAUGAGAAUCCACACGGGAAAGAAGCCAUACCCCUGCCCCGACUGUGGGAAGAAUUUUGCUACAAAAGGAAGUUUGAACUUGCACCAGAGGUCACACACAACAGAAGCAGAGAAACCCAUCCACUGUGAGGAGGAGAACACAUCACAGGGGCAGCAGAUGGUAUCUGAUAACCUACAGGACCUCUGUCAAACACUGGGGCUGAAGGCUAAAGUCGAAGAGGAGAAGGAAGAGGUGGAGGAAGAGGAGAAGGAAGAGGUGGAGGAAGAGGAGAAGGAAGAGGUGGAGGAAGAGGAGAAGGAAGAGGUGGAGGAAGAGGAGAAGGAAGAGGAGAAGGAAGAGGUGGUGGAAGAGGUGGAGGAAGAGGAGGAGGAUGGAGUAGGGGCGACGGAUAAUGCAGAGGAAGUUGGAGGGCUGAUUAAUUCUGAUGGAGAAGAAGUUGACUGGGAUUCUGUUCAACAUAGUGAGAGUCCUGUCCGUGACUCUGGUAGUGAAGGAGGAAGUCCCCUUACAUCAAACAGCAACAAGGAUCCUGGGGCUCAAUCGGGGUCGACAGAGUCUCUGGGCCCUGACCAAAGACAUGAGAAGGACAUCACUCAAACACCUGGGAUGAACAUUCAUAUUGAACAAGAGGAGGAUGAGGAAGAAGAAGAAGAAGAGGAGGAAGAAGAAGAGGACGAGGAAGAGUGGGAAGAGGAAGAAGAGGAUGAAGAUGAAGAAGAGGAGGAGGAAGGGGAGGAAGAGGAAGUUGGUGAUCUGUUGAAUUCUGUAGUAGAACAAGCUUCCUGGGAUACUCCUCAUCUUGGAAUGAGUCCUAAUUCCUGCCACGGUAGUGAGGGAACUACCUCAACACCAGAAGCGGUGGAACGACAACACCGGGAGAAAGAGAAGACACGGGCGACCAAACGGAAGAAGAGUCCAGAACAAAAGCAAACGAAGAAAAAAGAGAAACCGAAGAAGGAAAAGAAUCCGAAGCAGAAGAAAGCUAAGAUGACCCACCGCUGCUUUAAAUGUGGAGAGGGAUUCUCCCGCGUCUACGACAUGCUCUUACACCAGACCAUUCAUAUAGAUGGAACGACCAUGUUCAAAACCAAGAAGGUUCACCGCUGUUUAACGUGUGGAUACGAAGCAUCCGAUGCACAUAAACUGAUGAUGCACGAGCGGAUACACACGGGAGAGAAGCCUUUCCAGUGCUCUGUGUGCGGGAAGAGAUUCGCUCAGAAAGGGAAUCUGAAAAUACACCAGAGUGUGCACAAAGGAGAAGUCAGGAAUCCCAGUUUCUGGCCUGACAUCGUGGAGAGGCUUCCUACAAUAGGUGUCCCAGACCAAUACCAUGACAACCACACAGCUAAGCCAAUAGGAGUUCUGGACCAAUACCAUGACAACCACACAGCUAAGCCAAUAGGAGUUCUGGACCAAUACCAUGACAACCACACAGCUAAGCCAAUAGGAGUCCCGGACCAAUACCAUGACAACCACACAGCUAAGCCAAUAGGAGUCCUGGAUCAAUACUAUGACAACCGCACAGCUAAGCCAAUAGGAGAGGAAUGCCAAACUCCAUCAACUCUACAGAUACACAUGAGAACUCACACUGUAGAGAACCAGUCGAAAACGCAGUGCCCUCUCUGCGGGGCAGAGUUCUCUCAGAAAGGCCUUCUGGAUGAUCACCUGAUGAUCGCCCACUCCCAUGAGAAACCAGAGAAGCCUUACCCCUGUCCAGACUGUGGGAAGAGAUUCUCCAGCAAGAGUUACAUCAAGAUCCACCGGAAGAUCCACAGUGGGAAGAUCUCUUACCACUGCGCCCAGUGUGAUAAGACUUUCCUGUCAGCGGAGGGGCUCAAGAAGCACGAGAGUGCUCACCGAGGAGAGAGACCGUACCGAUGCCCUGCGUGUGGCAAAUGUUUCAAACAACAAUCCCAGCUGACCUGUCACUUCAAGAUCCACACCGGAGAGAGGAGCCAUCUCUGCUUCCUGUGUGGGAAGAGUUUCGCCAGGGAGUUUGACCUCCGGGUGCAUCUCAGAGUCCACUCUGGAGAGAAGCCCUACCAGUGCCACGAGUGUGGCAAGAGCUACAGGUACAGAGCAGGCAUCCGGUCACACAUGCAGCAGAUGCACCCUGGGAAGCCUAUAGUGGAACCAACCCCACCCAUCCCCACAGGCCCUCGCUACGGCAGUGGAGGAAGUGGUCCUCCUACAUCCGUCAUCAGAAAGGAUCCUGGUGACCAAUCCAGCCCCAAAGCCCAGGGUCCUGAUCCAAGCCAUGGCAGCAAGGCGUCCAGUCAAACACCUCGGUUGAAGGCCAGAGCUGAAGAAGAGGAGGAGGAGGAGGAGGAAGAAGAAGAGGUGAACGUUGAUGGUUCGGGUAAUUCUGAAGAAGACGACGCCAGUUGGAAACCCGCUCUUCGUCUUGGACCACAGAGAAAACACCGGAAGAAACAACCGGUCAAACGGAACACCAGCGUCCAAGAAGGCAACCAGAAGCGACCGAAAGCCAAGAGGUUUAACAACCGUCGCUGCUUUAAAUGUGGAGAGGGAUUCCCCCGGGAAUACGAGCUGUUGCUACACCUGCAGACACAUCUGGAUUACAACUGCUACGUGUGCGGAACGCCGUUCGACAACCAAGAGCUGCUGCGGAGACAUCAGGAGGAGCACGCCGAGGAGAGUCUGGGUGUGUUCUCUGGUGAGGCAGCAGGUCCAACCUCAGGGCAGCGGCGGGGGAGAGGGAAGAGGACUCACCGAUGUCCGACCUGUGGCAAAGAACUAUCCGACGCGUCCAAGCUGAAGUUGCACGUGAGAAUCCACACCGGGGAGAAACCGUACUGCUGCUCCCUGUGCGGAAAGGGUUUCACUCAGCCAGGGAACCUGAAAACACACAUGAAAACACACAGAGACGGGACCCCCAGUUUGUUGUCUGCUGGUGGGUUAGGUCCCUCUACAUCAAGAGGUCCUGAACACCACCAGGAGAAUCACACCGUCGCCGCAUCAGCGGCUCAGGAGAACUUCAACUGUCCAGAUCAACCGCCAGCGCAGAAACACAUGACGUCUCAGGACAGCGGAGAGAAGGCCUCUUUCUUCUGCUCGCUGUGUGGGGAGCAGUUCUCUGAGAAGGCACAGUUGGAAGAACACCGAUUGGCUCACAACAACAAGAAGCCUUUCCCCUGCCCCGACUGUGGCAAGAGGUUCCGCAGUAAUUACUACGUUAAGAUCCACAUGCGAAUGCACACCGGGGAGAGGCCUUACCAAUGCACCGAGUGUGGGAAGGGCUUCAUCACAGAAGAAGGGCUGAAGAAGCACGAGAGCGCUCACCGGGGAGAGAGACCCCACCUCUGCCCCGAGUGCGGAAAGAGAUUCAAGCAACAGUCCCAACUUACGUGUCACUUCCGUAUGCACACCGGACAGAAGAGCCACCUCUGCUCCGUCUGUGGGAAGAGUUACUUCAGAGAAUUUGACCUCAAGGUUCACCUCAGAGUCCACACGGGAGAGAAGCCCCAUCAGUGUGAGGAGUGCGGGAAGAGUUUCUACUAUCUACAGGGGCUCCGGCAGCACCAGAGGACCCACGCUCCCAAGCCCAUCGGACCGACCCGCCAGCUAGGCAGGCCUAAGCAGUCGUCCAGCGUGGACAUACCGAACCAAUCACCCAGGACGGGAAGGCCCAGGCCAGCUCCUAGAGUAGAGAGACCUAUGCCUCUACCCAGAGUGGAGAGACCCAUGCCUCUAGGCCUACCUAGAGUUGAGAGUGAUCUGGAGAGGCCCAUGCCUCUAGGCCUACCUAGAGUUGAGAGUGAUCUGGAGAGACCCAUGCCUCUAGGCCUACCUAGAGUUGAGAGUGAUCUAGAGAGACCCAUACCUCUAGGCCUACCUAGAGUUGAGAGUGAUCUAGAGAGACCUCACUGGCAGUACUGGCACCUUUAAAUGGGGAAUCUUCCAUUUUCAACGGCGAUACAAUUAUUGGAGGACCAAAACAAGUCGAUACCGAUUAAUCGGACGAUUUCUAUAUAUAUGAGUGUGGUAAUAUUUGUAAUAAUGACAAUUACAACAAUGCUGAAUGAACACUUAUUUUAACUUAAUAUAAUACAGAAAUAAAAUAUAUUUAUUCUCAAAUAAAUAAUGAAACAUGUUCAAUUUGGUUUAAAU